AUGAAUCAAAGCUCUAAAAAUAAAGAAUUUGUAGAUUAUGUCAAUUCAUUGCCUGGAACUCAAAUAAAAGAAAAACUUCGUUGGUAUUGGUCAGAUUUCACAAAUCAAAAAGAUUUUGAUAAUGCGGUGUAUAUUGAUUGUAUAAACUUUUGGAAGAAAAUUUUAGACGAGUGUAGUAGAAGUAAAUGGCUAGGCGAAGAUGUUUUUUGCAUAGAAAUAAGCGACUCCACCAAAAAAAUAUUUGCAAGUUAUAAUGGACAUGAACCUAUUGGGAUUCAAUGUGUUAUUAAAGAAAUGUAUUUAGAAUCAGAAUUGAUGCCUCUUAAAGAGUAUUGUUCAACUUUUAUUUCACAGGGUUGGUUAAGUUGGAUAUACACUAGGUUAGUAUCACAACCAAUAGCAUGGACAUUUCAAAAUUUAACAGGAUCAGAGCCUACUAAUAUUAUUUCAGGAAAAUGGGUGAAAAUUGAUAAACUGAAAGAAUCAUCAACCAAAAUUAUUCAACUUCAUGAAAAAAUUGCAUUAAAUCGGAUUUCUGAUAAUCUUUAUACACUUGCUACAUUUAAGUCAGAAUUUGCAGCUAAAGUAAUUCCUGGUUCGAUGCUUACAGAUACUGACAUAAAAGUGCUAAUCACUUAUUUAGAAUAUGAUCUUAAAGUCAUCGUAACAAAAAGUUUGAGUAAUGGGUCUCCUCAUAAAUAUGAUAGCAAUCCUGAUGAUUUGGUGAUCAAGUUUUGUUUGAAAAAAUAUAAAUUGAAACUUGAAAUUACGGAAUUGGAUUGUAACAUUAUUACAAUAAAGGAAACAUCACGGAAACUACAUGAACAAAUUCAAGAUAUAGAAACUCGAAUCAAAGAGUUAAAGACAGCUGCUAGUAAAUAUAUUUCUCUUAAGCAGAAAACACUAGCAAUGAAAUAUUUGCGAAAAAAACUAAAACUUGAUAAAAUUUUAGUUAAAAGAAUAAACUCUUUGGAAGCAGUCGAAACAAUCCUAUUAAAAAUUCAAGAAGCUGUAUCUGAUGCAGAGAUAAUUGAAGGUUAUAAAGCUGGGGCUGAUGCAUUGCAAAAUACUUUGGUUAUAAGUGGUCUAACAAUUGAUAAAGUAGAUGAAACAAUGGAUCAUCUACAAGAAGUUCUUGCAGAUCAAAAGGAAAUUGAAGAUGCUAUGAAAUCAGGACAGGAUUCAAUACUUGUUGCAGCAUUAAAUAAUGAUGUUGACGAUGAAUUAGAAAAAGAAUUAGAGAAUUUAUUAGCUGCAGAAGAAGAAAGAAAGGUGGUGAAAGAAGAAGUGAAGCAACCAAUAAAAGAAAAAAAUCAAGAGUUAGAAAAAUUAGAAACAAAAUUACAUGACUUGAAGCAUUUUUGUUAG